CAAUUAAUAGCUUUCUAUUGCUACAUCUGCCUUCUCUUCUCUUCUCUCUCUUGUCCACUUCCUUGAAUCUUCAAAAUUGUCCUAACAAAACCCCAAACCAUAAUCAUUUGAUUCCUAUGUUUUUCCCCACACAUUUUCAAAUCCCUCCACUUUUUACCUGUUUUUAUUCAUUGAUCUGUUACCGCCGUAGGUUCUGAUUUGAUCACACACUUGAUAUAUUCAUAAGGGGGAAUGUAGCAUUUGAUCAUAUAAAUAAUUGGGUUUGAGCUUAACUUCUUGGCAGCAAGAAGCAAGGGAGUGGGAGCUUAGUAGGUGAUAUUUAAAAGCUGUCACUUCCUUCUAGGACUGAACUAGAACGGGAGGAAGUAACUUAAUUGUGCAGUGACCGGACGAGGGAAGUUGUAGUUCAUGGUGCACAGCACAGUGUAUAUUGUAGUGCCACUCCUCAACUUCAGACAGAACUUUUUCCACUUUCUUCUUUGCCUUUGCAUUUAGAUUCUGAAAAAGGCUGUUGCAUCUUAGCUACAUAGAUAAGUCGUUAUGGUGUUCUAGCUGCUUCCCUUUUAUGCGGUGUAGAAGAUGGCGCUACAUUCUGAGGAAGAGAAAAAAGAGGAUUACCUUUUCAAGAUUGUUUUGAUUGGUGAUUCUGCAGUCGGAAAAUCCAAUUUGCUUGCCAGAUUUGCUAGAGAUGAAUUCUAUCCAAACUCAAAAUCGACAAUUGGAGUAGAAUUUCAGACCCAAAAGAUGGACAUCAAUGGAAAGGAGGUUAAAGCGCAGAUAUGGGAUACAGCUGGUCAAGAACGAUUUCGAGCAGUUACUUCUGCAUAUUAUAGGGGUGCAGUUGGAGCGCUUCUGGUUUACGAUAUCAGUAGGCGCCUGACUUUUGAUAGCAUUGGUCGAUGGCUUAAUGAACUUCAGACUCAUUCCGACAUGAAUGUGGUUACAAUACUCGUUGGCAACAAAUCCGAUCUCAAAGAUGCACGGGAGGUUACAACAGCAGAAGGCAAAGCCUUGGCCGAGGCAAAGGGACUAUUUUUCAUAGAAACUUCAGCUUUGGAUUCGUCGAAUGUAGCUUCCGCUUUUCAGACGGUUGUUAGGGAGAUCUAUAAUAUUCUGAGCAGGAAGGUUAUUCAAUCUCAAGAGCUCCAGAAAAAGGAUUCGGGUCGACUAGCAAAUGGUAAGACUGUGGUUUUGCAAGCUGAUGGAAAUCAAGAAACAGAUGCAGAAACAAAGAAGGGUAGAUGUUGUUCAUCUUAAGCUAUACUAUGGGAAGGACAUUUUCCUUCUGUGAUGUAAUUCAAUUUCUUGUUACUGUUGAAGAAAAAGUAAAACUUUCUUUCAGUGUUAUAGGAAAACUUUCUUUAGAAAAUGUAAAUUAUCUCAAGGGGGGGUGAACCUUUUUUUUGGGACUGUUUUUGAGUUUUGCAGUUUUGUAUAAUUCAAUUUGUUCAGCUGCUUCUUUUC